CAUACCUUGGGAAAUAAACCGGAAGUGCUUUAGUGCUUGGUGCGAACUGUCGGUUGGCCACAACAACAAAGUGUUUAAAGCGAAAACGAAAACAAAGCGGAUUAAGCCCGAGGCGAGCUACAGGAAUAAUUGUAGCAUUGUUUCCCAGCGCCUUUUUAUAAGGUGUUUGACUGUCACGCCGCCGGGAAGUCGGAAAAGCGAAAAAGCGGAAAGCCGGAAAGUCUCGAGUCUCAAAGUUUGUGUGUCGGCGGUAUGCGUGCCAGUCGUUUGCAUAAAUCGCCCUUGCCUGUGCCCGUUCCCGUGCCCGUCUAAGUCGAGUCCUUUCUUUUUUGUUAUUACCCCCAAAAACAUUCCGUGGCAACCGAGAAGGGAAAGCAAAGCAAAGCCUUCGCGUGAGCAUCUAAAUUGCCCUGCAACAAUGGCAGGCUCAAAUGGUUUGCGGCUAAUCCUGCUGGCGACGGUGAUCCUGCAGGUCGUUUGCCUGGCGGCGACGGCAGCGACGUCGGCUACCAGUGGCACGGUGGUGGUGCUCAGCGACGUGAACAACAUGUUGCGCGAUGCCACCAAGGCCACCGCCUCAUCGAAGGAUGUCAAGCCUAAAACGGAAACGGAGGCGCCAGAGUCCAGCGUGGAGCUGCUCCGUUUUGUGGAGGAUGAAGAGGAGGAGCGCGAUGAGGAGCAGGAGCGGGAUUCGCGAGAGCAGAAGGCACUGGGCGACCAGGUGCGCCUGCUGACCAAACAGCUCGGCGCCCUGAUGCUGCGGCGCCGCGAGGAUUACGAGAUGCUGGAGCACAACCUGCGCAAAUCCCUGCGGCUCACCACGAAUGCGGCCAGCGCCGAUUCUGGCCUGCGCGAUGAACUGAAUCAGCUCAGGGAGGAACUGGCCACGCUCCGGUCCUCGCAGAGUGGCAACAAGGAGCGCCUAACCGUCGAGUGGCUGCAGCAGACAAUCUCCGAGAUUCGCAAGCAGCUGGUGGAUCUGCAACGCACUGCCGGCAAUGUGGCCAAGGAUGUGCAGCAGCGUAGCACCACCUUCGAGGACCUGGCCACCAUCCGAAGUGACUAUCAGCAGCUUAAACUCGAGCUGGCCGCUCAGCGCGAACGGCAGCAGCAGACGGAGGUCUAUGUCCAGGAGCUGCGCGAGGAGAUGCUGCAGCAGGAGCAGGACUUCCAGCACGCUCUUGUCAAGCUCGAGCGGCGUCACAAGGAUCCCAAGGAGCGCAGCUCGGCCAGCGUGGAGGAGGAGAGCGGCAGUCAGGAAGCCGCCAGCCAGGAGUCCAAUGGCCUGGAACUCUCUGCCGAUCACAAGCGUCGUCAUUGCCGCUUCCAGAGCGAACAGAUCCAUCAGUUGCAACUCUCCCAACGCAACCUGCGCCGCCAGGUGAACGAGCUGAGGUUCCAUCACAUCGACGAGCGUGUGCGCAGCAUCGAGGUGGAGCAGCAUCGCAUUGCCAAUGCCAACUUCAACCUGAGCAGCCAGAUUGCUGCUCUGGACAAGCUUCACACCUCCAUGCUGGAACUGCUUGAGGAUGUCGAAGGACUGCAGACGAAGAUGGACAAGAGCAUUCCAGAGCUGAGGCACGAGAUCUCCAAGCUGGAGUUUGCCAAUGCACAAAUCACCUCGGAGCAGAGUCUGGUGCGUGAGGAGGGCAAGAAUGCAGCCCGAUCCUUGCAGGCCAUGGCCGUGAGUGUGAGUGUCCUGCAGGAAGAGCGUGAGGGCAUGCGCAAGCUGACAGCCAAUGUGGACCAGCUGAGGACCAAUGUGGAUCGCCUGCAGUCGCUGGUCAAUGAUGAGAUGAAGAACAAGCUCUCGCAUUUGAACAAGCCCCACAAGCGACCCCAUCAUCAGCAACUGCAGCUGAACCAGGACCAGGAGCAGGACUCACACAUAGACUCCGCCCUGGCCGAGACCCUGGUCAGUGAACUGGAGAAUGUGGAGACGCAGUAUGAGGCAAUUAUCAACAAGCUGCCCCAUGACUGCAGCGAAGUGCACACCGAGGCGGAUGGACUGCAUCUCAUUGCACCCGCUGGUCAGCGUCAUCCCCUGAUGUCCCAUUGCACUGCCGAUGGCUGGACGACAGUGCAGCGUCGCUUUGAUGGCAGUGCCGACUUCAACCGCUCCUGGGCGGACUAUGCCAAGGGAUUCGGUACGCCUGGCGGUGAAUUCUGGAUUGGGAACGAGCAGUUGCACCAUCUUACCCGGGACAACUGCAGCCGGCUGCAGGUGCAGAUGCAGGACAUCUACGACAAUGUCUGGGUGGCGGAGUAUGCCCGCUUCUACAUCUCCUCACGGGCCGAUGGCUAUCGCCUGCAGAUUGGCGCCUACAAGGGCAAUGCCUCGGAUGCCCUUAAUUACCAGCAGGGAAUGCAGUUCUCCGCCAUCGACGACGAUCGCGACAUCUCGCAGACGCACUGUGCUGCCAACUAUGAGGGUGGCUGGUGGUUCUCUCAUUGCCAGCACGCCAAUCUCAAUGGGCGCUACAACCUGGGCCUGACCUGGUUCGAUGCCGCUCGCAACGAAUGGAUCGCGGUCAAGUCCAGCCGGAUGCUGGUCAAGCGUCUGUCCGCCGCCGAGUGCCAAGCGAGCGUCGCUCCCGCCGCUUUCGCUUCUGCUUCCCCUUCCGCUUCCGUUGCGCCACCGACGGUGGCAAGCAGGACAGCGAACACGGCGGAAGCCACGACGGGAGCGACGCAGCCGAGCGGCGUGGUGCAGUUCGUGACCGAAAGGCAGGCGUAAGUGAGCUGUUUUCCCGCCAAAUCCCCGGAGGGGGGAAAACUGCUACAGUGAACCACCAGAGCCAUGCCUACUAUAGUUGGCAGGGCACUGUUUGUCUACAAGAUCUAAAAGAUCCCGCGGCAGGAUCCCCGCCAGUGUAAAUAAUCAGCGGAUCAGACCUAAGUUGUAGCAUUAAUCUUUGAACGGAGCUUACACUCACACUAGGCGUAUGCGUAAUUUAGUUGGCCAACAAACCAGAGACCCAACCCGUUCCACCCAUAUUCCACCCGUAUACAUAUUCGAUUCUUCGGUCUUUCAACAAGAUCUCAUAGAGGCUUAAGUUCCGCAGCAGCAAGUGGCUCAGACCAGACAUGGAGCCAGCGGGAGCAUAUCAUUUGAGAGAGUGCAGAGUUAAUGUCUAGACAUAAUCGA